CGGCCGCAUAACCCGCACUUCAGGUCUACUGGGGUUGAUUUGUUCAGGUAUGAUGCAUACGUAUGCUGUCAUGCCCUGGUGCCUUCAGUUACACUCUAAGUCGUAUCCAAAAUACCCCUAAAUCCCUCGAGGACUUAGUUUGAAAUUCAUUGUAAAUAUCAUGGGAUCAAUAUUCUCAGCUAUUGGCAGCUGUAUCAACGCCGUCAUAUCUGCGAUUGCAAGCGUUGUCGAAACAGUCGUCAGCGCAGUCGUUAGCGUGCUCGUCGCGAUUUGGAACUUCAUCAUAGACAUCAUCUGCUGCCGGUGUUUCUCAGGGCGGCGGCGUGGAAGAGCUGGAGCUACAUACUAGCACUGUUAAGGAAAAGUGACGAGGUCGCCGAAGGAGGUGAUAGAUGAGAGACUUGAGCAUGUAGACACACUUUAAUCAGUUACGAAUUGUAUUUUUCCAGCCUCCUAGCUUUCGCAUACAUAAAUCAGAAUAGUUUCUG